AUGCGUGGAUAUGAGAGCUUGAGCCUGGCCGAACUGUCGUUCCAAGUCUUCCUGUUUAUUACGGUGGUGACAAGUCUUCGCAGCUGGAUUGAACGGUCCAAUGUCCUCAAUUAUGCCAUCGUGGCCAAGGCUCACUUCCAUUAUACCGGCAGAUCAAGCGCCGGGCCAAUAUUGGUUCCACUCGCUGCCACCAAAAAGAAAAUUAAAUGCGAUCUGGCUCAGCUCGACCGGGGCUCAAUGCAGCAAUUGCCGGGCUGUGGACUCCUUCUGCAGGCAUGGGCUUGA